CUCAUUGUUGACCUACAUCAUACCCGGUAUAAAUCGUUAUGUUAUAAACUAUACAGCUUUUACAGCAAGGAUCGAAUUCUUGACAAUUUUUACGGUUUUCCUUAAAUUGAAAUGACUAUCGAAACCUUCACAGUGAGAUCAUCAUGAUUAUCAAGGAUUAGGAGAACUAUUAAGUAAAACUAUGCACUGCAAUGAGCUGGCACAUAUUCUACUUGAAAGAUAUGCAGACCUAUUUGUUUGUGUUCAUAGUCUCUGUUCUGUGUAUACACAACCAAAACUGCCUACCAUGCAAGUCGGAACAAGAUAAUCCUGAUUAUGCUGUAAAUUGUACUGCUUCCAUAUAUGCAGGAGAAAAUUGUAGUGACUCCUUUCUUUCUGGACAGUAUGAAGAUCUGUAUGAGCAGUUAAACUGGUCUGAAAAACCAAAUGAUUUGAUGUUGAAACCCAUACAGUCAGAGUUUAGAAAUAAACUGUAUCCUGGAUUUUUUGUAGAGAUUAAGCCGCCUCGAUCAGCUUCUAUUAAGGAUGUUGAAGGAUUUCAAUUUAAUUAUCAAGAAAAGGGAAAUGUGAAGAAAUGUGUCAUAAUUAUCCUUUCUAAUGCCAGUCUAGAUCACAACCAUAGGGAGAAUAAUCUGAAAUUAGUUGUAAAACUCUGGCCUAUGCAUGGAGAGAAAACCUACCUUUUUACAGCAUGGAGUCUUCCUAAGCCGCCCGAAGAUGAAUCAGGUGGAAAUCAAACAAGAUAUGGAAAAACUGGCAAAUAUGGUUUGGCUUUGAAAGAUGAUUCUGCUGAUUGGAUUACGACCAUUUCCUACCAUAACGAUGUAAACAACAGAUACAUAAGAAUAUGGUUUCUCCAUGCACUAGAUAAAUAUUCAUUUUCUGAAUAUAUGGUCACAUUAGAAAUGAUAAUAUCGGGAGAAGAUACAAGCGAAGAACAUCGAAAUAAGAUUGAAGAAUUAAAUAUUUCAAAAGCAGAUUACACAUUCUUAAAUGUAAAACAAGGAAGAUACAGAGUAUUUGUUCAGGCCUAUGACGAUAAAUGGGACUCGCUGAAUGAUUGUAGAUGUAAUAAAGGAGGAGGAUGUGCACAAUGUGUUAAAACAAUGACAGCCGUCAUAGUCGUACCUAGAAGUGAAGCUGUCGUGCUGACUACUGAGCUACAGUCAUCAACAGAAACAACUUCACAACCACAGAAAACGGCGGCGGAAACUGACCAAACAAUCAACCAUGUUUUACCGAGCGUUCUUGGUUUUGUUGCUUUUUUGCUUGUAGUAGUAAUAAUUGUUGGUUGUUAUCUUCUUCACAAAGGUAGAGAUAAGCCAAAACCUCAACCUGGGCCUAUUGUGGAUACUCCAAAUAAUGGCCUAACCACUGUUAAUGGUCCAAAAAAUCCAACGAGUGAUGAAGUAUCUAUGGUAUCGAUUGAUUUUUUUCCUCCGACGCCAGAGAGUCGAAGUGAGGAUCUCAAUCUUAGUAUUCUGAUGGAUCAGGUCCGUGAUUUUGAUAAAGAGUUUCUACCUGGUAAUAAUAAGAAUAAAACACCGAGUCUUAGUCACUGAGCGUAUUGAUGAACAACAAUCAAAUGACAGUAAUAAAUUAUUUCCAUAGAGAGAUCUGGCCAUGUUCAGCAUUAUUACGAUGUUGAAAACAUUAUCAACAAAGUAAACAUGACAACCAUGUGACACCAUCGUAUCUUGCCAAUCUGUAAUUACACUUUAUACAUUUCGUUU